GUUGUCGUCCGGCGGUGGGGGUGGACGGCGGUGUCUAGGUCCGGGAAGGGACAGGGGGACCCGGGGCUGACGCCAAGCGUCGAGAUGGACAUCCUCAAAUCCGAGAUUCUGCGGAAGCGGCAGCUGGUGGAGGAGAGGAACCUAUUGGUGGAAAAUAAAAAAUAUUUCAAACGUAGUGAACUGGCCAAAAAGGAAGAAGAAGCAUAUUUUGAAAGAUGUGGCUACAAGCCUAUAAAUGAGAAGCCUUCUGGAGAGAUACAACCAAAGGAGGAGGACCAGAAACCAUUAACUUCAUCGAAUCCAGUAUUAGAACUUGAGCUAGCAGAGGAAAAAUUACCGAUGACUCUAUCUAGGCAAGAGGUUAUUAGAAGACUGCGAGAAAGAGGAGAACCAAUUAGACUUUUUGGAGAAACUGAUUAUGAUGCUUUUCAACGUUUACGGAAAAUAGAGAUCCUCACACCGGAAGUUAACAAGGGCUUGAGGAAUGAUCUGAAAGCAGCUUUAGAUAAGAUUGAUCAGCAGUAUCUCAAUGAAAUCGUGGGUGGCCAGGAACCUGGAGAGGAAGACACACAGAAUGAUUUGAAAGUUCAUGAAGAAAACACCACCAUUGAAGAGUUAGAGGCACUGGGGGAAUCUCUAGGGAAAGGCGAUGAUCAUAAAGAUAUGGACAUCAUCACUAAAUUCCUGAAGUUUCUUCUUGGAGUUUGGGCUAAAGAAUUAAAUUCCAGAGAAGAUUAUGUGAAACGCAGUGUCCAGGGUAAACUGAACAGUGCUACUCAGAAACAGACAGAGUCAUAUCUCAGACCACUUUUCAGGAAGCUACGUAAGCGGAAUCUUCCUGCUGAUAUUAAAGAAUCAAUAACGGAUAUUAUUAAAUUCAUGCUACAGAGAGAAUAUGUGAAGGCAAAUGAUGCUUAUCUCCAGAUGGCCAUUGGGAAUGCGCCGUGGCCUAUUGGUGUCACUAUGGUUGGGAUCCAUGCUAGAACUGGCAGGGAAAAAAUUUUUUCCAAGCAUGUUGCACAUGUUUUAAAUGAUGAAACUCAGCGGAAAUAUAUACAGGGAUUGAAGAGGUUAAUGACCAUUUGCCAGAAACACUUCCCUACAGAUCCAUCAAAAUGUGUAGAAUACAAUGCACUGUGAGAUCUGUGUGCCAUGUGGAAGUAACAGUGAGAGAAUGAAGAGCUGCAGGACACAGCCUCCUGGAAUUACUGCCAGGAGUACUGAAGGAAGAAGACGACGCAGGUUUCAUCUCUGGGUUGUAUCUGAAACAACUGCUAAUUGACUUUAAGAACUGUGUUGGCUUUUCCUGUCGUAAGAGCUGCAAAUUGAUUUUCGUGUCUUGCCUUUAUUUCCAGUCAUUCAAAAAUUAAAUUUUAGAGGCUUUUUCCAAAAGUUUAAGUGUGUAAACAGUAUCCUGUUUAAAUGAUCUUUUCCAGUAAAAAAAGUUGCAAUUAGAUAAUUAAAAGGGAAUGUUUAAGAAUGGACUUGCUUCUGUAAAAUAUGGUAAUUUGCACAUUGUCUUUUGUCUUAUAUUUAUAGAAAAUAUUUUUAUAUAUUUCACCAAAAAUUUGGAACCACUGAA